AUGCUCGGGCGCGUGGCCCGGCUGGGCCUCGUCCUCGUCCUCGUCCUCGCUGGGGUGGACACUGCGCCGCUGACCGCGGAGAACGCACGAUGGAACGUGAAUUUGGAGGAGCGGCAUGUGCCAGAGGCCUACCGAGGCGGAUGGACGAAUCAUAGCUACUUUCCAUCCCCCGAAGAUUGGCGUUCCUUGUCCAUCUAUCAGCUGAUCACGGAUCGCUUUGCGGAUGGAGACCCCAGCAACAACGAACUCCGCUACGGCGGCUUCGAUGUGAGGGAUAUGACCUUCCGCCAUGGCGGGGACUUCCGCGGCCUGACUGAAAAGUUGCAAUACAUCAAAGGCCUUGGCUGUCGUGGCAUUUGGAUCUCACCGGUUUUCCAGAAUGGCUACAACAGUUAUCACCAAUAUUCUCAGUUGGAUUUCACUCUGCUGGACCAACGCCUGGGCACGAAGGAGGAGCUUCGACGCCUCACGGAGCAAGCGCAUGCACUGGGGCUCUACGUGAUUGUCGACGUGGUGAUGAACCACAUGAGCAACGAGUUCUUCUUCGAAGGUCACAAAGAGGGCCGUGCUCCCUGGCGAAUGCACGAAACGGUCCAGGGCCGGGAGUACCUGCUGCUCACGCGCAAGCCCAUGGAGGAGUUGCAUUCGACACCUGCCGGGCGACAGCCCUACAUGGACUUUUGGUACAACAACACCUGGGAUCCCCAAGCGCAAUACCCAGGCACGCUCUAUGGGCAGCAUGGCGAGGCCACCGUGGACGUGGGCCACGGCACCUACGAGAGCAGCGACUUUCAUCACAACGGGGACCUCCAGGACUAUUAUGAUCCCUUCCAGAUCCACUACGGGAAGCUCUACGGGACCAUGGACGAUUUGCGCCUGGAGCACCGGCGCGUCCAACAGAAAUACCUCGCCAUGAGCAACGCGUUGAUCUCCAGUUGCGACGUGGAUGGCUUUCGCGUGGACACGCCCAUGCAAGUGCCAUUGGUCUUCUACAAGGCUUGGGUGCCUGCUGUGAAGCUUCGGUGGCAAGAAGACGUAGAACCCAUGGUGCCCUGGGCGGCUGGACUCCGCGUGGCUGUGCCCAAUGUGGCCGGAGUGGUGCAAUGGUUUGUGAAGAACCUGAGCAUCAGCAUGUGGAGGAAUGAGUGUCGAUGGGAUUUGGCGUGCCGAUCGCAGAGCUUUCCAUCGUUACUGGCCACGCCGCCGCUGCAAUUCCUUCCAAAGUUGUCGGAUGUGGUGGAGUUCUCCCAGGAGCCCACGCAGAGGCUGCAUUUUUGGGGCUCCAUCCUUUUGUGGUCACCUUUUCUGAUGGCUUUCCUUUGCGAAGCCAUGCGCCUCAUCGUCGGAUCGCUGAAACCCAAGACGUCGAUCGACUCGACUCUACGCUAUGGCAGGCUGCAGGAUCUGGAGACCAAUGACCCAGAUGCUGAGACGCCACGACAUACGCCGAGCAAAGUGCAAGCCAAUGGCUUUGGCCAGAGCAUUUGCUUUACCUUGGCUUUGGUUCUUUACCACAUCGUUUGUGCUGGUAUUGUGGCUAUGGCCAUUCUUUAUGGCUGGCUCUCCCCUGAUGGGGGGGGCCUCUCUUGGGAGCUUUGGGCCUUAUGGCAACAGCUGUGCCUUUGGACGUUAUUUCUGCAGAAUGUGGUGAGAUGUGCAACUCUAGACCGGGAGGCCUUAGCAGCUCCGACCACGAAGACGGUGCUUCUCUACACCGUGCCGUUCUUGAGCGAGUUGGCGGACACCAUGAAGGAUUGGGUGGUGACCGGCAUUUGCUUCCUCCACGCUGGAGCGGUGCCUGUUCGACUUCUCCGAUCAGGUUUCGCGGUGGGCGCGGCUGUGGUCUUGCUGGAACUCUGCGGCACGAUGCUGGGGGUGAUACCUCCCUUCAUCCAAAUCUCAAAGGGUGCAAAGGGCUUAAGCAUAAGCCCUCCCUUGAUACUUCUGCAGGUGGUGUGCGCCACAUGUGGUUUGCAAUGGGCAGUGGCUUCUUGCAAUAGCGGCAGAUUUUCCUACUGCCGUGACUCCAGAUUUGCUGGAUAUCUGGGAUUGCUGCUUUUCCUCACCUUCCUUGCAUGGAUACUUGCGAGAUGUACAGGCACCUCAGGUCACCAACCUGAGGAGGAGCUUGAAGAGGACUGGCGCGAUUCGCCCAGAGGUCGCCCCCCUUCGGACGACGUGGAGUGGGCGCCUGCCGCGGAGUCGUCGCCCUGGAGACGUCCUCGAGUGGGAACGCUGUUCAUUCCGAAGGAUGGACAGGCAGACGGCUGCUCUGCGGCACCUCGCCGUCCGCUGCUCCUUCUGGCACUGGCGAUGCUUGGGACCCUGGGCUCGUGGCCACGCGUCGGUUCCGUCUACCUGGGCUAUGUGGAAGGCGUUUUCCAUUGGAUGACAGAUGGCGGACUUCUCACCGUUCUCUCCACUUACGUGAUCUUCUACUCCUACGUGCGUGUUUGCCUGAACGACGAUUGUGCACAGGAUUUGCGGAAGACCUACGGAGGAAUUCUGGAACUGCCCGCCAAGCCUGCUGCUCCACUGGCCACGGAGACGCGAUGUGACUGGAUGGCACGGCAAUUGGGCAAUCUGUGCGUUGACUUCCUGAGUAGCUCCCGCUUGCUCAUCGCGUGGGCAGAAGAUUGGCCACAGGGCUUCAUUGGAGUAGUUCUGGUGUUUGCUAUACACUCUCACGCUACUGAGUCCCAGCAACCCAAGAAGAUCGGUUUCGCUGGAAUCUCGGCCAUCAUCAGUGUGGGCAAAGGCAUCUUGAUCCCCUUCUUCCAAAAGUACAUGUUUGAACAGCGCAGUGCUGCUGUUCAGAGAGGGCUGGAUGCACUUUUGAGUCCUUUGACGCUUGAAGUCUUGGUGGACCAGCUGCCUGGACCUGUACAGGCAAGAAAGGUGGGUCGCACCUUGCAAGAGUUGGUCCGUGAGGACUCUCGAGACGUCUUGAAGCGUUUGAACGUCGGGGAAUCGGAGCUCUUCCACCCCAUCCACCAGCUGCGCUCGGACUGGCUCAACGACCUGUUGAACCCCGAGAACCGCUUCUUCCGCGCCUUUCAACGCUGCCUCCUUCGGAGCUACGGAGCAGAGGCGGUGCGCGAGCUGGGCUUUAGUGUGGCGGAGUGCCAACGGGCAGGCUUCACUCUCGGUCAGUGCCGCAUCGCCGGGUACCCUCCGGAUGAGUGCCGCGACGUCUAUGAGACUGGCGACGAGAAGACGGGUCGUCAGCUGAAGGCGGUGGGGUUCUCCGCCAUGGACUGCAAGAAUGCUGGCUUGUCGGCGGUGGUAUGUCGAGCGGAAGGUUUCUCCGCCAAGGAUUGCAAGGAUGCUGGCUACUCUCCCAGGGAUUGCAAAGCAGCUGGCUACAAAAGCCAAGGGUUUUUAAGCAUGAUGUGGAAGUAG